AAGAGUGAGUGUCAGCAUUAGCGUUCUGUAGGAAUGCAGCGAGAAUCGGGUUCAAACUCCGGCACUGCUGGGGCUUGUGGCUGAUUUUUUUUCUUUUACUUUGCAAAAGUUUCUCAUGGGCGGAGCAUCUAUUAAUCCUUUCAAUUCUCGAGCUGUGUUUCAACUUCCUUUUGGAGCAAGUACCUUCCUGUGCUAGUCAGAGAUUUUUAGCAGAGGAGAACCUGACCUAGUGUGAGCAGCGUCAGCUGUUAAAUGUACCCCUAUAAGACCCCCAAAAUGAGAUUGGCAGCGAAGAUUGUGUGGCUUGUCUUAUGGACUGUGUGUGUUGCAGAAGAUUGUAAAGAACCUCCUCCAAGAAAACAAAUAGAAAUUCUAUCAGGUUCCUGGCCUGAACAAACAUAUAAAGAGGGCACUCAAGCUACAUAUAAAUGCCGCCCUGGAUAUAGAACUCUUGGAACUAUUACAAUGCAAUGCAGGAAUGGACAAUGGGUGGCUCUUAAUCCAUCGAGGAUAUGUCGGAAAAGGCCCUGUGGACAUCCUGGGGAUACUCCUUUUGGUUCUUUCCAUCUCGCGGUAGGAGAUGAAUUUACAUAUGGCGCAAAGGUUGUUUAUACAUGUGUUGAGGGGUAUCAGCUGAUAGGUUCGAUUAAUUACCGUGAAUGUGAUGCAGAUGGAUGGACCAAUGAUAUUCCUCUAUGUGAAGUUGUUAAGUGUUUACCAGUGACGGAGCCAGAGAAUGGGAGACUUAUCAGCAGUGCAUUGGAACUAGACCAGGAAUACACUUUCGGACAAGUGGUACGGUUUGAGUGUAGUUCAGGCCUCAUGCUUGAUGGGCCUACAGAAAUACAUUGCUCAGCAGAUGGCAAUUGGAGUGGAGAAAAACCGAGAUGUGUGGAAAUUUCCUGCCAAGUACCAGAAAUUUUAAAUGGAUAUGCUAUAUCUCAGAAGACAACUUUUAAAGAAAAAGAACGAUUUCAGUAUAAAUGUAACAGGGGUUUUGAAUACAGUGAAAGAGGGGAUGCAACAUGCACUAAAUUUGGAUGGAGUCCAAUCCCUUCAUGUAGAGAGGUAACUUGUGAUCCACCUUAUAUUCCAAAUGGUGUCUACUCACCUCGAAGGACUAAACACAGAACUGAAGAUGAAAUCAGAUACGAGUGUACAAAUGGCUUUUAUCCCGCAACUCGAGGAAAUACAGCAAGAUGCACCAGUUCAGGCUGGGUACCUUCUCCAAGAUGUAGCUUGAAGCCUUGUGAUUUUCCAGAAAUAAAACAUGGAUAUCUACAUGCUGAAGAUUAUUAUAAACCAUACUUUCCAGUGCCUAUCGGAAAAUAUUAUUACUAUUACUGUAAUCAAAAUUUUUUGACUCCUUCAAAAUAUCGCGGGGGUUAUAUUUAUUGCAGAGCAGAAGGAUGGUCACCAGCAGUACCAUGCCUCAGACAAUGUACUUCCACUCACUUGGAAUAUGGAAAGUUUCCACAUUGGGGAAGAACAUAUUUACAGGGUGAAUCUGUAAAAGUGGAAUGCUAUUCUGGCUACAGUCUUCCAGAUCAGCAGAGCUUAAUGACAUGUACAGAGAAUGGCUGGUCCCCUCCUCCCAGAUGCAUCCGUGUCAAAACAUGUUCAAAAUCAGAUAUAGAAAUUGAGAAUGGAUUUAUUUCUGAACCUGACUUUACAUAUCCCUUAAAUAAACGGGCACAAUAUAAGUGUAAACCAGGAUAUGUAACAGCAGAUGGUAAAACAUCAGGAUCAGUUACAUGUCUGCAGAGUGGAUGGUCAGCUCAACCCUCAUGCAUUAAAUAUUGUGAUAUGCCAGUAUUUGAGAAUGCCAGAGCCAAAAGUAAUGGAACAUGGUUUAAGCUCAAUUACACCUUGGACUAUGUGUGCCAUGAUGGAUAUGAAAGCAGAGGUAGACGCUCCACAGGCUCCAUAAUUUGUGGUAAGGAUGGUUGGUCUGAUACAGCCACAUGUUAUGAGAGAGAAUGCAAGAUUCCCCAAAUAGAAAGAUAUUUAAAUGUUGAGCCCAAGAAUGACAUUUACAAAGUUGGAGCCGUGUUGAAAUUCUCCUGCAGAAAAAGACAUACAAUUGUUGGAGCAGAUUCAGUUCAGUGCUACCACUUUGGAUGGUCCCCUGGUUUUCCAACAUGUAAAGCUGAAGUAAGAUCGUGUGGUCCACCUCCUCAACUCCCGAAUGGGGAAGUUAAAGAAGCACAGAAGCAAGAAUAUGGACACAGCGAAGUGGUAGAAUGUGUUUGCCAUCCUGGAUUUCUGCUGAAGGGUUCUAACAAAAUUCAAUGUGUUGAUGGAGAAUGGACCACUUUGCCUACGUGUUUUGAGGAGGAGAGUACAUGUGGAGAUGUACCUGGCCUUGAUCAUGGCUAUGUCGAGCUUUCUGCCCCUCCCUAUCGCCAUGGAGAUUCAGUAGAGUUCACUUGCAGAGAAGCAUUUACAAUGAUUGGACACAAGUCAAUUAUGUGUAUUCGUGGAAUGUGGACCCAACUUCCACAGUGCAUUGCAACAGAUGAACUUGCGAAGUGUAAAUGGUCAAAGUUAAUUACACAUGAGGAAAGCUAUUCACAUAAGAUUGAAUUUAAUCAUAACGCCAACGUAAGUUACAAAUGUAGAGGAAAAUACAAACACUCAACCUGCGUAAAUGGAAGAUGGGAGCCUGAAGUAACAUGCACGGAAGUACAAAUGCAAUUGUGCCCACCUCCACCUCAGAUUCCCAAUGCUCAAAACAUGACAACUACAGUGAAUUAUCAGGAUGGAGAAAAAAUAUUUAUUCUCUGUAAAGAAGAGUAUCUAAUCCAGAGAGGAGAAGAAAUCGUGUGCAAAGACGGCAGAUGGCAGUCAAUACCACGCUGUGUGGAAAAAACCCCAUGCUCUCAACCACCUCAUAUAGAACAUGGUACCAUUGAAUCAUCUAAAUCUACAGAAGAAAGGAAAAAGAGAUCUGAACCCAAGUAUUAUGCACAUAGCACCAGAUUAAAUUAUAUUUGUGAAGAUGGUUUCAGCUUAUCUGAAGGCGAUGGGAUAAGAUGCCACAUGGGAAAAUGGAGUUCUCCACCUCAGUGUGUAGGAAUUCCUUGUGAACCACCAGCUUUGAUUCCGCACGGUGUUCUAGCUCACAAGUUAGACAGUUACCAAUAUGGAGAAGAAGUGAUGUACAGCUGUACCGAAGGUUUUGGGAUUGAUGGACCUGCAUCUAUAAAAUGUUUAGGAGGAAAAUGGUCUGAUCCGCCACAAUGCAUAAAAACGGAUUGUCUUAGCUUACCCGUCUUUAAUGAUACCAUACUCAUAGGCCAGAAAAAGGAAUCAUAUAGGUCAGGAGAACAAGUGGCCUAUAAAUGUCCAGAAUAUUACCAAUUGGAUGGAUCCAGUUUUGUCCAGUGUAUUAACGGCAAAUGGAUAGGAAGGCCAACAUGCAGAGAUGUUUCCUGUAAGAAACCACCUGAAGUCAAAAAUGCCAUUACCUCAAAUCAUAUGUCUAGGUAUCCAUCUGGGGAGAGAGUACGUUACGAAUGCAUCAAACCUUUUUAUCCAUUUGGGGAAAUAGAGGUGACAUGUUUGAAUGGAACCUGGACAGACCCACCUCAAUGCAAAGACCCUAAAGGAAAAUGCGGACCCCCUCCACCGAUCGACAAUGGAGACAUUACCACAUUCCCAUUACCAGCAUAUCCUCCAGGAUCAACAGUUGAGUAUCAAUGCCAGUUCCUCCACCAACUUCAGGGAAACAGGAUUAUAACAUGUAGGAAUGGAGAGUGGACCAAACCACCAAAAUGCUUAGAUGCAUGUGUAAUAUCAGAAGAAAAGAUGGAAAAACAUAACAUAGAACUACGAUGGAGGGGGGAGAAAAAACUUUAUUCUGAAACAGGGGAUGUUGUUGAAUUUGCGUGUAAACCUGGAUAUCGUGCAAAGAGAGAUUCCGCAGAAUUUCGAGCAACCUGUCGGGAAGGAAAACUGGAGUAUCCCACCUGUGAAAGACAGAGAUUUAACACGCGUUUGUAAAAUCCUCAUGUGUGCAUUCAUUCAGAAUUUGUCAUUAUUAAUCCAAUUCUUCUCAAGUCAUUCCUUCAAGCAUUGUUUAACUCAUUUUGACUCAUACAUCAGAAUUUGUGUUAAAUAUUACGUAGACAAUGUUAGACACUAAUGAAUCACUUCUAAAAGGACCUCAUUAAAAUUUGGCUAACCAAAAUGCUCUGUGUCCUGUUCAUCUAAUAUCUAUGGCCCCAAACUAGAUGCAUUCACUUCAGUGCCUGCUUCCAUCUAUCCUUCUCCCAACUUUCUCAAAGCUCCUCCAUAACUUCUGAGGCUUUCUGAGACUCUCUAUGUCAGAGGAAAUGGAAAAAAAAAAGGCUAGUCACCAUCUUCAAAAUAAUAUUACUUCACAAACAUGAAAAACCAAACUGUCAUACCUAUGUUAGUAAUGAUGUAAGUAGUUAUUACUUACAUUGCUUACUUCUCAAUAGAUAAAUAUACCAAAAAAUGAUGAAAUGCGUGAUCUUCUACAAGAUGUCUAUGUAGCACACAUCAUAAUUCAAACAAAUAAUAAAGAGGAAUUAGGAUCUAUUUGAGUACAUAGCUAGCAUACCAUACGUGCGUAUCAUUCAUAGAGCAUAUCAUACAUGAAACAUCAUAAAGAAACCAGUAUCAGGUAUAAACACACACACACAUACAUAGUAGGCUUUGAGCACUGAAAAUGUUUAUAGAACAAAGAUUUGCAGGAAUUACAAUAAAAUAUUACCAUAACUAGAGUUGAAGUUGGAGGUAAUAGGGUUAAGAGUUGAUGUUUAACUCUUUAUACUUCGCUAUAUUCUCCAAUUUUUCUAUCUUUUAACACAUAUCACCUUUGAACCACAAGAGUAUGUUGUUUAGAAAUAAAGAUACAGAAAAAGUAAAACAAUACAUGGUGAGAAGUCUAAAGAGCCAAUGGUAAUGAUCUUUAGAUGUAACAACUUUUUCAUGAUUUUGCUGGUAUAGAGAGUUUUGGAAACAUUCAACCCAAGAAUCCAAAAUGAAUUUUUAUGUUCGUGCAUUUCAAACAGCAUAAUUAGUUAAAAUCAUUUGACUAUAAACAUUUUUCACUUCUACAAAAACAUAAAAACUUUAAGAUGAUAAUAAACAUACAAAUAAUGAAGGCAAAAAUAUUGUAUGGUGAUACCUUGUUACUUUGUAUUGCAUCAAAUCAAGUGGCAUUCUUAGACUAGAGACACGGCUGUCACCAAUAGAGCCACUGAAUCACUGGUGACAGCUAGUUUUCUCACAUUUAGAGAAACAUUGUCACAAUUGGCAAGUUAUCUCUGCUGUUAAUGUUAACAUUUGUGUAUCUGCUAUUUUUCCAAAACCUUUCAGCUAACGGUUGUGAAAUCUGUUUAUGACACUUUCCUAUAAACAAUUAUUUCAUUGUU